AUGGUUUUGGCUGAAAGAAGCAAUGAUGUUCGAAACGGGAAGCGUUCUAGAGGGCCAAGCCCGAAUGGUCACGGUAGCCCUGAUUCUAGUUCUGAAGAUGAAAAUGUAGUGCCAUUUGCAGCUGAAAAGAUAAGAGUGGGUCGAGAUUACCAGGCUGUGUGUCCUGAGCUAGAACCUUUGGAGCAGAGGAGACCUGAUCAAAUAUCUGACAGAGCCUUACUUGUUUGGUCACCUACUUCUGAUAUCUCUGAUAUUAAAUUGGAUGAAUACAUUACAACUGCAAAGGAAAAAUAUGGCUAUAAUGGUGAACAAGCACUUGGAAUGCUAUUUUGGCAUAAGCAUGAUCUCAACAGAGCAUCAAUGGAUCUUGCAAACUUCACACCUUUUCCUGAUGAGUGGACAGUUGAGGAUAAAGUAUUGUUUGAACAAGCUUUUCAGUUCCAUGGCAAGAGUUUUCACAGAAUACGACAAAUGUUGCCAGAUAAAUCAAUAGCAUCACUUGUUAAAUACUACUACUCAUGGAAGAAAACAAGGUCAAGAACAUCAUUAAUGGAUGUUGUAAGUGAAGGUCGUAAUGCUGCUGGUUCUGGAACUGGCAAAAGAGAGUCUGGUGCAGGAUCAGAACCUGGGGGUUCUGAUAAAGAUUCUGAUAAUGAUGAAAAGGGAGACGGAGGCGAGGCGGGCAAGUGGUGUACGGUGUGCGGCAUUCUCUGUUCGCAGACCACGGCGCACAAUUCGCACAAAUUGUGCCAGGCAUGCCUCGUGCACGCCAGACGCACGGGCACGAUGAGACCGUUGUGCGGGCCGUCCGGGCGACGCGGGCCCGGCUCUAAACAGCAGCGGUACAAGCACCGCCUGCCGCGCGGCAUUUACAUCAAUCACGACGAUCUCGUUGCCAUGGCAACCGGCCCGCAGCCCGGCGAACCCGCCCAGCCCGGCUCCGUCAAUCAGGGCGAAGCCCUACUCAAGGCCAUGGACAGGGAGGUUAUCUCGCUCAAGAGACAAGUACAACAGAACAAACAACAAUUAAGUGCGAUGAAACGCAAAGUAGGGGACACGGGAGUGGAGGAGCUCCGACCUGGGGAACCCCCAGCAAAGAUAAACUCACGGUGGACUAAUGACGAAUUACUCAUGGCUGUCACUGCUGUCAGGAAAUAUGGUAAAGACUUCCAAGCGAUCGCAGAGACAUUAGGCACGAAGACAGAAGCCCACAUCCGUACAUUCUUCAUCUCGUACCGCCGCCGGUACAACCUGGACGCGGUGUUGCGAGAACACGAAGCAGACCGUGGCAACGCUAAUCAUAUACAAGCUGGUGCUACUGGCACAGAGUCUACAGAGAAUGAUGUAGAUAGCAGUAAUGCCAAUAAUGGGACAAAUUCUCCACAAACCAACACAAAAGAAGAGAAAACAGAAGUAGACAGUGAGGGAGUAGCAAUAGGAGCGUCGGCGGAGCAGGGCGGGCCGCCCACCACGCCGCCCAAGCACAAAGCCAAG